UUUCGACAUCAUCGCCAUCACGCACGCACGCACACACGCUGCUGUCGCUCCCUCGCCCGCUUGCUUGCUUGCAUUGGCACUACCCCUAUCCGCCUCAGACCACAGAGACAUGAGCAUUGGCCAAUAGCGCCGCUGUGCUGUGCUCUGCUAGUCAAAUAGCAGGUCGACACCAUGUCGGCCAACUACUGGGAGUCGACCCAGCGCAAGCACUGGCUCUUCACCAAGGAGCAGCUGGGCUCGAUGCGCCAGAAGCUCGAAGACGACAAUGCUGAGCUCGUCCGCAUGUUUCCUCUGCCCCAGCCACGGCACCUGGCCAUCUACUUUAACCAACAACUCCUCCGGCUAGGAAAACGAUUAACGAUUCGGCAGCAGGCCAUGGCCACAGCCCAGGUCUACCUUAAACGAUUCUUCUCGCGCAUCGAGAUCCGCCGGACGAACCCAUACCUGGUCAUCACGACCGCCAUAUACCUCGCGUGCAAGAUGGAAGAGUCGCCGCAGCACAUCCGCCUCAUCGUCACGGAAGCCCGGCAGCUGUGGCAAGAUUUCAUCGGGCUCGACACGUCCAAGAUUGGCGAAUGCGAGUUCUUCUUGAUCAGCGAGAUGAGCUCGCAGCUGAUUGUGCACCAGCCGUACCGCAGUCUACUGGCCUUGCGCAGCGAACUCGCACUUGUCGACGAAGACGUCCAACUAGCCAAGUCGGUCAUCAACGACCACUACAUGACUGACCUUCCUCUCCUUUGCCCGCCGCAUACCAUUGCCCUCAUGGCUAUCCUGCUAGCUCUGGUGCUGCGUCCAAACUCAGCGGUACCAGGACAGCCCGCGACAGCUGCUACAGCGGCCGCCGGUCUCGCAGCGGCACAAGCAGCCCUCAACCAAGCCCACGUUCGAGGGGCGGUUGGGCCCAUUGCUAAUCUUCCAGACAACCCUCCGAAUCUGCAAGGGGCGAAGGAGAAGCAGCAGGAGGCACGCAUCACAAGGGUGCAACAUUUUGCGGCGUGGCUCGCCGAGAGCGAAGUCGACAUCCCCGCCAUGGUUGACGCGACACAAGAAAUCAUCUCAUUUUACGAAUGCUACGAGCAGUACAACGAGAAGCUUACUAGGGAACAAAUCAAUCGCUUUGUCAAGGCUCGAAGUUUGGAUAGAUGAUACAAAAAACGGCACGACUGGGCACAUCUUGAUGUCCAUAUACAUGUACAUUGGCAUUGGCAUUGGAGUUGGUUGGUUGGUUGACAGAGGCAGUUCAGCGCAUGUUUGGUGCUUUUUAGCGAGUUGUAUAACGCGGGCGUUCUUUUGGAGAGGGUUGAGACCGCGCUUAUCAAGGCAGCCUCCCAUCGUAUAUUAUUCUAGGUUAACACGGUUUUUCUUCCAUGAAUCUAUCGCAAUCCUUGCGACUUCUUUUCCUUUUGAUAUGGCGAUUUCAUGCCCGCCCUUGACAAUGCGUAUUUCGACAGCCUCUUCUCCCAGCACAGCUUUUGCGUCUUCAACCCAUUCGCUAGCAACGACAAUUGGAUCCUUGUCGGCGAGAAUCAAGCAAAUUCUACCACUCUCCAGCCCACCGUCUGACGAGUCAUCGCGUUUUUCUCUGCGCUUUGCCAAUUCCUCGCUGAAUUUCUUCCACAGUAACUUAUGUUGUCCAUAUAUCGGCGCACUGCGAAUCGUGCUCAUAUACGCCGGUGUAAACCCGUCGUUCCCGUCAAGCUGCCACUUUACCACGUCUCCGACAGUCACGCCAGGGGAGACAAGCACCUCGUCAAAAUCCACUACUUCAUCAUCUUCGAUGUUAUCAUCAGUCGGCACAUCAGCACUAGGCACCCCCUCUUGCGGCCGCAAUCUCCUCUUUGCCAGGGCCAGGAGGACCGCUUCCGGGAUCAAUCCCGGCGAGUAAAGCAAUCUGCUCUUCCAGCCAAUAUGCGACAUGCGUACAAUCCCACCAGGACACACCAUCGUUACCGACCGCAGCAGGUUGGCAUGAUAUGUAGCAAAAGCUGCCGUCAACGCACCACCAAGCGAAUAACCCAGUAUAUGAAACGCAGACGGCCCAGUCCACGCCAGCGGCGACGACGCUAUAGCCAACAGAAUCUGCGACGUGUACAGCCUCUCAUCAAAAGGAAUAUCCUUUGGUGCAUCAGAGUAUCCUCUGCCAAACAAAUCUAUCCAAUAUCAUUAGCAGCGCACUAUCACAUUAUCCAAACCAACACAACUCACCAAACAACAUGACUCUACACCCACUCCGGACAAACUCCUUUGCCAUACCCCCAAGCGCCACGCACGGUGUACCAAUACCAUGAAUCAGCAACACCUUCUCACCGUCCUCUGGCCCCCAUUCAAAGACCUGGAUAUCACCAUACGCCGAGCGGACCAGACGCCCGCCCGGAAAUGCAUCCGGCGGAUACGGCAGGCUUGUCUUGCCCGCAGCCUCGGCGCGCGUUCUAGCCCGUAUGAUUCUAUUUUUCUCCCCGGGCAGCUGCAAGUCGCCCAGCGCCGGGCGGAUGAGGCAGUAGACAGCGAUACCCGCGGUGACGGCGGCGCCGGCGGCCACCAAGACACGCUGCGUAACCAGCCGCUCCAUGGUUACGUAGUGUCAACGGUAUAAUUAGAAGCAACGUUAGACAGACAACAGAAGAAGCAAUGUGUUCGAAUUGGUCGCGUGGGAAGUGCCGCGCCUUGCGGUUCUAUUUAUUCGUAGUGUCUUUUUUUUUGGUGAGAGGUGAAUAUGCGAUUGAUUGAUUGAUAACCCGAAGCGGCAUGCCGGGACAAGCUUUCCCAGCGGCGGUGGCUGUCGCGAGUCGUGAUUGGUCCGUCGGCCGGGACUGGGCGGUCCAGAAUGCCGCCAGCUGGUGCUACCCGGAAGCGAAUGACGGCAUCCAUUGAUAAAUGCAGUAAAUUUUGUGGUAAAUAUUUGAGGCCUCUGCAUGAGUUAGAAGUAUAUCUUUCAUAUAAUUCCGCUGAUUAAUUAUAGUAUAUUCAAUAUUGGUAGCCGUAAACUACGGGCCUACUUGUAACCUCAUCCACGAAUGUACUGACCGUGGUUCAAUAACAGAUGCCUCAUCUAACAUAUCAAAACUCAACAGAUAUACGCUUAAUAAAAUACAAUACUUUAUAAUCAAUAGUUACGAUAAUUUAUAAUAUGUAAUUUUCACAUUUUUGGUAAAUUAUCUUCACCUGUUCUACCAACUGUGGCAAAGUGAGGCUGCAACACAUCGCACCAGCCACGCCAAACAUCACCAGCCAAUAGCACCACCCUCCCAGCCCAUGCCGAAAGCUUACCUCUUCUACACCAAAAUUCUCCGAGCCCGGAUACAACAGCUUCCUUCACUUACUUUGUAGUUUCCCGCAGAAUGUCUUGUCCGCUUUUCCUCUCACGAUCAUCGGCUCCGCUCCCCAACCACUUUUCACGUCAUACCCCGUAAGCACAAUCCUUCCUAACCCGGGGAAACAAGCACCUUACUCGCCCCAGUACUGUACUUUACUUUCCACCAGCAGUAGAAAGCAGCACUGGCCACCAGCGGCACGAAUGAUCGCGCAGGCUCUCUUCUCAGCCGAACGGAGCCGGGACCAGGUGAAACAAACUUCGUCUAGCGUACCUCCGGGCCAAAGUCCGCCACGUGUGACAUGGAUGAACAUUUGCGGUAGCGGGAACUACCGUUGGGCUUGAACUGAACUGCGCAAGAAACUUGGCUGCAUCCUUGAAGAAAAGAAAAGAAAAAAGUUUUUCUACCUGCCUUAUGCCCAAAAGUCGACAGCAAAACCCCAUGUCAAAAAGCGGUGACGGGGAGUAUCUGCAAGCCCCCUUGCUGAAAAGUGCUAGUGUGGCUGCGUGCCCACAGCUCGACCAACCGUAGCGCCCAGAUGGAGGGUCAGAUUUAAGCCUGGUGUCGGCACCACUAACAGCUGCAUAAUACUGCUGGUUUACGGGGGAUGUACCGU